GGGCGGGGCCGAGGGUGUGGCCGGGGCGGGGAGACGAGGAGGAAGAUACUGGAGGCUGGAAGAAUCUAUAGAGUUUUUGAAACAAGAAGUAUGAAACAAGUCCCUCUCCUGCCCAAGCGCCUGACUGUGUGACAUGAUGUGUAUCGCAGGAGUGAGGGAGAUAGGCACAGGCAAAAACAUGCAUGCAGUACACCUGAUUUAAAUAUGAGACCUGGAUUAUUCUAACAAGUGAAUGCAUUUCCCAGUUAGAUGGAUGAAAAGACUCCAUUUGUAUUAUCAAGUGAUCUGACAUUCAUGAAAGAGACGAAGAAAAAUCUUCCUUGAACACAUGAAUCCUUUAGUGAGCCCUUGAUCUGAUAUUUCCGCCUGAGGAGAAGCAAACAUCAUGAAGCAGAAAUUGACAUCAUCAGUCCAAAUUAUUUUGCUCCUUGCUUUCACUGCAGUGGGUCUGAGUGGUCAAUCAUACCCAGGAAAACCUAAGAUAGUAAGAUGCCGUUCCCUAGAAAAAGAAACCUUUUCUUGUUGGUGGAAGCCUGGCUCAGAUGGAGGACUUCCUACCAGUUACACCCUGUUCUACAGCAAGGACAGUGAAGAAAAAAUCUACGAAUGUCCAGACUACCGAACGUCGGGUCCCAAUUCCUGCUACUUUGAUAAAAACCACACUAAUCUCUGGACAACCUAUAAUAUCACUGUAAUGGCAACGAAUGAGGCUGGAAGUAACAGCUCAGAUCCUCAGUAUGUGGAUGUGACCUCCAUAGUUCAGCCAGAUGCUCCUGUGAACCUCUCUCUAGAGACAAAAACAUCUGCUAGCAUAAUGUACCUUUGGGCAAAAUGGUCUCCACCUACAUUAGCCGAUGUCAGCUCUAAUUCACAUGUAUAUCACUAUGAGCUACGACUGAAACCUGAGGAAAAGGAAGAGUGGGAGACAAUAUCUGUUGGAAUGCAGACACAGUGCAAAGUGAUUAGGUUACAAGCUGGGAUGAAGUACAUUGUUCAGGUCCGUUGCAUGUUAGACUUUGGAGAGUGGAGUGAGUGGAGCUCCAAAAGACACAUUCAGAUCCCCAGUGGAGAGUCACCUCCUGAAAAACCUACAAUAAUAAAAUGCCGUUCUCCAGAAAAGGAAACUUUUACUUGUUGGUGGAAACCUGGUUCAGACGGAGGACAUCCUACUAACUACACUUUGCUUUACAGCAAAGAAGGAGAAGAAAAAGUUUAUGAAUGUCCAGAUUACAGAACUGCGGGCCCCAAUUCAUGCUACUUUAACAAAAAGCACACCUCUUUCUGGACCAUAUACAAUAUUACUGUAAGGGCAACUAAUGAAAUGGGAAGUAAUGUCUCUGAUCCUCAUUAUGUGGAUGUGACUUACAUAGUACAGCCAGAUCCUCCUGUAAAUGUAACUCUGGAAAUAAAAAAGCCGAUAAAUACAAAACCAUAUCUGGUCUUGUCAUGGUCUCCACCCCCACUGGCUGAUGUCAGAUCUGGAUGGCUUACCCUUGAAUAUGAGUUACGACUAAAGCCUGAAGAAGGAGAGGAAUGGGAGCCUAUUUUUGUUGGACAGCAAACACAAUAUAAAAUGUUUAGUUUAAAUCCUGGAAAGAAGUACGUUGUACAGAUUCACUGCAAACCAGACCACCAUGGGUCAUGGAGUGAAUGGAGCUCAGAAAAGUAUAUUCAGAUCCCUACUGACGUUAGAGUAAAAGAUAUAGCUGUGUGGAUCAUCGUUGGUGUCUUGUCAUCUCUUAUAUGUUUAAUCAUGAGCUGGACAAUGAUUUUGAAAGGGUACAGAAUGAUAGCUUUUAUCCUACCGCCAGUUCCAGGACCAAAGAUAAAAGGAAUAGAUACACAUCUCUUAGAGGGAAAGCCAUACCAACCAGCUUGGCAGUCAAGCAUCAGUCCCUUUCCUGAACUGAAAAUUUUUUUGCCACUGCCUGUAUGCCAAGCUCACUAAGACUGAAUGAGCUGAGUUGUCAGAGAUGCUCUGAUUCUGGAUCUCAGCAAUGGAACUAAGCAUUUCUCAGUACUUGCUAUUUAUAAAGGCCUGUUUUCAUCUGAGUUCCUGAGAAGUAAAUCUUCAAACUCUGUCCCUAAAUGAGUGAAAAUGGAGACUAGCCCUGCUUUCAACUAUCUCAAACCCUCAUACUAAAUUCAGACUCCAGUUCCUGUUGGUGUGGAAAGAUGGACUGAAUUACAUCAGUUGGAACAAUCUUGUGCCCCUGCUUUGAAAACCAUUUUGAAACAAAUAAGGGAAUUUCUUCAUCUUCAUGUGCAUGACAAGCAGGAGAUUAAAGAUAAAUAGAAUACAGAAACACAUAAUAUGUGGGGAUAAAAAGAGAGCUCAAUGAUGGGAAGAGGGACACUGUUGCUGCAUGUGGCAGAUGGAAGAGGAGUACAGUCACUAUAGGAUGGUACACAGGUAGAUAAUUAGAGAAAUUGGAGGGGCUAAGCAUGCUUUUCGACUACAGCUGAGAAGAGGGGGAGAGUAGAAAAUGGAAGCAAAAGAAUCAAAUGUAAGAUAGGAGAAAAUGAGAACUAGUAGAACUAAGAAGAGUGAUAUAUGAGUUUGUGAGGAAAAAAGAAAAUACUUUUAUAUAAGAAGUGGGAAUAUGCACAGCUACCUGAGAUAGUCCACAAAAGCAGUAAAACCUUAUUAAAUGCUAGAGAGUUGGCAAAACGCUGAAAUCAGCUUCUACAAACCAGCUAUUAUAUAUGAGCAGAAAAAGUCCUACACAUGAGAAGUGGUUAUUCACUGUUAGUCACAGGAUUUUCUUCUUUCUUCUGCAUAUCUGACAUUUGUCCUGGGCAAACAGAAUACUUGAAGAGCUAGACCUCUCAUCUGAUCUGCUGUUGCAUUUCCUACAUUCCUAAAGAAAAAAGAGAGAUAAAGUAUACCACACGGUUUCUAAAAGCAGCAUUCAAUUAGUCAGACAGAUCUACAGAUGAAGUGUAUUUCUCCAUUUAUGUUGUCUCACACAUAUGCCUAUCAUUCUUAAGCAUUCUUCUAUUUUUUAUUUAUGAAAGAUAAUGUAAUGACCUAGAUGCUCCAGGAGAAAAAGGAGUUUGUGGGUACUACUAAAUGGUCUCUUGGCAUUUCUGAGCAUUGUUUAGCUUGUACCUGUGACAAUGCAUCUGUUAACAUUUUCCUCAGUCAAAAAGUUCCUGUCGUGGUGAUAAAUUUGGAAAAUUACCAAUUCAGGCUUAAAAUACAUGUCUCUCACUUAUGGUAUGCUUUUAAGAUGAACUAUUAUACCUGUCAAUAGUAACUAAGAAAAAUACCUGAAGUAGUUUUGUGGCCUCUCGCAGUGCUGAUAUGCUAAAAUCUGGGCUUAUACUCAAGACGUUGGUGUGUAGGGAAGUUGGAUAUAAGGAAGUCUUUUUUUACAUCUUCCUCUUUUAUUUUUGGAAGGCUUAAUGUCCUGUUCUACCUUGUAAUGCUGCUCAUCUUGGACCUUGUCUUUAAUUAACUUUUUUUUUGGACAGUGCUGCUUUUGGGUCUGUUUUUGUGAGCUGCUGAGUACCUUCACCUCAUUUUGAGAUCAGUAAAGAUGGAAAGAUUUCACUUCCAUUUCUAGAAAGACUGCAAUGGUCAGUUAUACAGACAUGUGGCACUGAGUGAAAUUUUUACAGAAUGCUGGAAAUCUCUGUAGAAGUCACUUGUAGAAAAUACCCCUUCAUUAGGACAGAAAAUUAUACAUGUCUAGGAAGAAGCAAUUUUUUCUACAUGUGGAAUACAUGCAGAAAUAUAAAGAUGUCAAAGCAUACUUUCUAAUGCUGUAGACUACUCUUUAUUCUCAUCCCUGUGUCCUUCCUUCCCAAAGGAAGAGGAAACUACUGCUCAGCUAUACUCAGAAAGAGCUCCCAGGCUGCUUUAGUGUUAUUUUUUCAUCGUGGAAAGUAAUUUUUCUUAUUCCGACUACAAAUAGCACUCAUCAUUUGGAAUAA